AUGUCUUCCGACUGGACACACUCUUACUGCCUCACCUGCGACAAGCAGACAGACAGCACAACGUACUGCUCUGAGUCUUGCAGGUUGGCAGAAUACGAGCAGUCAUCGAACCCCAGCACCGGGCCAAGUUCCCCUGCCUUCAGCGGUCCCAGCUACCCGUGGGCAUACUCAAAACCAGCGACGGCUGUGAACAAGCUCUAUCUGACACCAGCUUGUGACUUCAGUCACCAAGCGGCCCAGUCCUCACAGCGUCGUGGCUCACUAGCCUUACCGCAGCGGGUCCUGUCACCGUCGAGCUCACACGCCAGCCUGUGUUCGAUGAAGAGCAACUCCUCUGCCAGCACCGAAGCCGCCAUGCAACUAUCAGACGCGGCCAGGAAAGAGCUGCUCGCCUACGCGAGCUCUUUCGAGAAUGCACGAUCAUCACGGAGGCAGUCGCACUAA